AUGCCUCCCGAAAACAUCUCCAUUUUCAUCACUUUUCUCUUUAUAUACUGUAUGAAGCUCGUGGAAGGUCAAGAUAUCCCUCAUGCACACAUGGAACGGCCGCGCGGGUGCCAGCAAGAGUUAGUCAAACGAAGACUUCCCAACGGCCAUCAUACCGCUAUUUCCGGCUCGCAUUCUCUCCCAAACGCUGCGCUAAGCGACCCCGUCUCUAUCCAGAACUCUCUCCCUCAACCUCGGGUUUUGUCUACCCUUAAGAGGCCGUCUCUCGCUCAUAGUCAGCAAGGGGAAAAACCUGUUGUUGAGACCGCUUCUGUCGACCUCAGGAGCUCUGACGUCUCUCACCGUAUCACAGGUACUACAAUCAUCAAGGGCGAUCCGGCUGCUACUACCAGUGCAGCGCCCAAAGGAAUCAGGGUUUCGAGGACUGAAAAGGCUCGCACAAACUAUGAGACUGCAUCUACCGAUGCGAAAAGUACGAGCAAGCAGGGGCCAACGUUUGGCUCAUCAGUCACUGCUUCAAUAACACUUGCUUUAUCUACUUUACCAACAUCACCCCGUAGCAAUCUCGUAGGUGACGUGGAUGCUGGUGUGCACAACUUCAUCGGUAGCUCGACUAGCAGCUCCACAUCCUGGAGUGUCGCUGCUGUUACCCCCUGUACGGACCCCUUCGCCAAGGUGCUAAAUACGUCGAGUUCCUAUGCUUGGGCUACAUCCACUGCUCCCUUGCUGCGUAUUUUGAAUUCGGGUCUGGAAAGCUUCCUCGGUUCCCCGACCAGUGGCCCCAACUCAGUGAGGCUCACUAAAGUUAGCUACUCUAGCAAUCAAACUACUAGCUCCGGCGAUUCCAGCAAUUCGAAUUUCCUAGGCCAGAUCAUGACAAGCUCCGAAUCGGGAUUCUUUGACCUAUUGGGCCAGACUGACAAGGCAUCCACUGGAAGCAGCACCACUUCAAAUCCAUCUCCUGGCACUUCAAAGUCAUCCUCUAGCGCUUCUAGUCCGUCGACUAUUCCAGUCGUCUUGUUUGCUUCCACAACUCCCUUGCUCUCACCCACUCCCGCUCCCAUUGAGACUUCAGUUUCUGGUGGAAUGCUCGGCGAACACCUAUCCGGCGUUGAAUCUCUGCUUAGUGCUGAAUCCCCAGAGGCUAGUUUCACUGCCCUUAGUGUGACAGCGUCGAUGCUUGACAGCAAUCUGUUGUCGUCAAACUCGACCUCCUUCAACUCUGGUUAUACUACCCCCAUUGCUUCUAAAUCUGACACUAGCCCUGGCACCGGUUUUGGCACUGGCACAUGUUCUAGUACCACGUCGGCUACACUCUCGGGAAUCACCGCCUCUGUUCCUAAGAGCGAUUCUCCCAACACUUCUGUCUUCCUACAUGGAUCAACCAGCGAUUUGGAUAUAAGCAAGCUCCGUGUAAAGACAGAGUCUUUUCAAUCUAAACUGGCUACGCCUUCCAACUCCAACGAUAAUGACUGGAUGCCAUCGACCCUCCUUUUACUGCCUAGCAUUCCAGUCAUCGAAAGCUCGACCUCCGGCCUGACCGAGAAGCCAAAGAAAACUCAUCUUCCUGGCUCUAUCACCCCAUCGGACGAAGUUACCGAGGCUCCGUCCGACUCGAUCCUGCUUCAGCUUGGAUUCGACGGCCAGCUGCCGUGGCCAUUUGUUGCAACAACCCCUCUGUCCUCGUCACAGAUAUUCAAAUACACCCCUCAGGCUAUUGAGAAUGCUUUGCCACAUCACCCUGUCAAGGAUAUCCCAGUGAUGUUUGCACUUCAGCCUUACUAUAACUGGCAAACCGCCGGCUAUAACGCUACCCUCGCAAUCUUCUACUUCCCUCGUGACAAAGCCAACGCACUAAGAGAUCUCAAGGUCAACCCUAACUCUGCUCUUUACAACCAGACAAAUAAGAAUAUCAAGUUACUAAUGGCCAUGGUUGACCCGACAAUCCCUCUCGAGUUCUCCGGUAACUAUCCCAUUGGUGACAGCAACUCAACCGCCGACGGCGGCGGCACCGGCAGUGGUCACAAUGGUGGCCCGGUGAGUGGUAAUAUCAACAGCGAUGGCUCAGCCAGUAAUUUUAAGAUCAAAGCUAGCUCCAUAGGAGUUGGCCUCGGGGCUGUGGCCGGUGCUGGCGCUUACGGUGCCGGUAUGUUCUGGGUUGCCCGUCACUAUCGCAAGAGGAAACAGUUUCACCAGCGCUCCGGCUCUACUGUGAAUCACAUGUGCCAGGGUAAUUCAGUUGAUAGGCGUGCCCACAGCCCAGUCAGCCGUGGACAUGGUCGCUCUCAAAAGAUUAGCGCGCCGACUAUGGCGGAAAACUCACUAGGGUGGGACUAG